CGCCGACGAAGCGCCAUUAAAUCGAAGCUGUAUGUGGUGAAAGCGUAUUCAGCACAACAUUAAUGGAACGCAAUAUUCUUUAAUUAUUUAAUUAACAUUGCAAGGUCGAAAGAUUAUUUAACGAUGAAUACAUUUGUAGAAGAUGUGGAAAAUGCUUUGGAAUGUUCAAUUUGUUUAAAGAGACUACAACAGCCAAAGUCACUAGGCUGCCUUCAUACCUUCUGUUUGGAUUGCCUUCAGAAUUGGGUUGAAAAACAAGGAAAGUUAGUGUGCCCAACAUGCAGACAAUCACAGAUGAUUCCCGAGGGCGGGCUACAAAAUCUUCUUCCAAACAUAUUUGUCAAUAAUAUGUUGGAGUGUUUGGAGAAAGUAGAAAAUGCAGGUGACACUGUAUGUUGUUGUUGCAGCCAAACCAAAGCUGAUUUUUAUUGCCAACAAUGCAGGACUUCCUUGUGCUCUGUUUGUAUUAAGCAGCAUAAGAUUUUAUCAACACUUGUUAGCCACACAUUGCAUCCCAUAGAGAAGAUCAAGACGAUGACAUUGCAGCAGUUUUCGUCUCUCCACCCAGCGUUAUGUCCUGAACACAACGAACCUCUGAAGUAUUAUUGUACGAAAUGCGAGACCGCUAUUUGUAUUCACUGCACUAUUAUUAAACACAAAGAUACAGAUGGUAGUCAUAAUUAUAUUGAUAUAUCGGAUGCGUUCGAUAAAUUCAAACAAAGGGUUGCUGAUAUUGAACCCAAUAUUAUGGUUUUUAAAACAAAGAUAGAGAUGCGUCAUAAUGAUAUCAGACUUGGUAUCUCAAACCUAACUAAACAUAAAGAAACCUGUGAAAAAGAAAUUGACGGACUGGUGGAGGAAGUUAUAGAAGUUGUCAGAGAAAAUGGCGCCGCAUUGAAAAAAGAUGUUGAUUGUAUUUAUCAGCAGAAGAGACUUGCCUUUGAAAAUCACGAUAAAGAACUUAAUACAAUCUUUACAAAUGUCACUAAAAGAUGGAACUACAUUUCAAAUCUGUUGAAAAGUGAUGUAGCAACAGCUGUGGGAUCAUGUGAAAAAGCAAUUGCAACACUGAAAGAAUCAGUCCAAACUCCAUCUGAAAUCGAAGCAAAAUGUUGGGAAACAAUACAUUUCUCUCAUAAUAAGGGGAAUAUCAUUGCAUUGAAACAACACGGUAUUGGUAAGAUAAUAGAAAAUUACAUUGCGGGCGAGAUUACAGAGAAUGACAUCAUUGCUAGUGAAAUUACAGAGAACUUAGCGUUGGAAGACCAUUUUGAAAUCAUACAAGCAUCUGAUGAAUUAAUGUCAGUUACUCAGAAGCAAGUAUUUGAAGUAAAAUUUGUUCAACGUCAUUCUUGUAAAUUGGAUUUGAAAUCACUGAGAGCCAUAUUAGUACACGCUACAGGAGCUACAAUGAAGAAGAAAGUUAAAGAAGAAGGCAACGGAAGUUACAGUGUCAGUUUCUAUAGCAAGUCGCCAGGAGUUGCACGUGUUCAUGUAUGUGUUGAUGAAAGGGACAUAAAGGGGUCCCCCGUAGAUAUAAUUGUUGAAAAAAGUGGAUAUAGUUGGUGUUUUGACAUUGAAUCAUAUAAAAAGAAUAGUCAGACAAGGAUCAGGGAUGUAGUAUUUGGUAAAUUUAUAAUUGUUGCAGGCAAUAGCAAUGAAAUUCUCCGGUUCUACGGCGGGAGUUAUGUAGAUAGUAUCACUUUGCCUUCAGGUACCAAAGUCAAUAGAAUGUACCAAAUGAAAAAGAGUGAUGACCUGUUAUUAAGUGACGGAGGACAUAAACGUAUUCUGGUUUACUCCAAGUUCAAUUUGAAUAAAAUCUUAAAGUGGUUCGAAUUAAAGGAGCCACAUGGCCUCACCAUGAAUGAAAAAACAGAUAUGGUUUAUGUUGCUGACAGGCAAGCUCAUUGCAUAUUUAUUUACGAUUUGCAUUGCAAUCAAUUAGUUGAGAAAGUUGGAUUGCAAGGCAGUCAUUACCUUCAUCAUAUGUCCGCACCUCGUGAUGUUGCCAUCACCAAAGACGGACACAUCAUCGUAGCUGAUUAUGGUAAUGACCGACUAUUGCUAUUAACCUGUGAGGGAUCCCCUGUUAAAUCCCUUCUGGAUGGAGCUGUAUACCAUCCAUGUGGAAUCAACGUUGAUCCGGAUGGGAACAUAAUCGUUGCUAACAAUGAAGAGCUGGAGCUUUACGAUAGCAAGGGUGGCUUCAUAAAAAGAAUCAAUGACUUGAAUGUCGAUUCAGAUGAUGAGUCGGAUGAUGGCAUUCUAGAUAAAAUUGAAGGGUUGACAAUACUAUUGGAAGAUUGUCCAAGAAGCGUCGCAGUUGCUGACUAUGGAGACAACAAAAUCAAAAUAUUCAAUUACUAACUUGGCACUUGGCUUUAGAGCCCCAUCUGAGAAACAAGUCAAGUCCCCCACCGACCAGAGCUGGUUGGCCAGUCAGACCUAAAAAAAAAAUACUAAUAGGCCUACGCCAAGCCACAGAUGGCCGGAAAUGGCACUCUUAGACUCUCAGAGUGCCAUUUUCGGCCAUCCAGAGGUACCUAUUAAAAAAAAAAUCUCAUUUUGGAGGGUGACAACCCUCACCAGCUCGGCCACACUCCCCUCAGAUGGCGCUGCGCGCAAAAGUUAUCCUUUCCUCACUUAGCCCCACCCCCUGUCCAACAGAUUAGCAACCCGACCUCCAGAAAACAUAUCCUACAGACGCCACCGACAACAUGUACCAGUAAUAAAUACAAUAUAUCAUACAGAACUGUAUAUUAUCUCAUUGAGGAAAGAAGCAGAUUAUAUCAAGGUAGUGUUAUAAGCCGGACAAACACCGUGCCCGACGGUCGGCGGUAAAGCGGUCUUAUAGAGAACGCAACAUGACGACAUGCACACAACGGAUCGUUUUUAAUGAAGAUCCACUCGGACUGCCGCCGACAAUCAACAGACGGCGUCGCGUGGUCAAGCACUCACAGAGUGCGGAGAUUGAUUCGCCGACCGACGUUCGUACUAAUCCAUAAAUAAAAUCUCAAAGUUUUAUCAAGUGUUAUCAAAAUAUACAGCAGGCUUUGCUUACGCUGAUCUCUAAUGACCGUGCACACAGAAUGGCGUAAGCUUAUUGACAGGUAGUUAUGCUUAUAGAGGGUCUAUAUUGAAUAGGCCUAUACAGUUGAAUAAUGAUUUAUUAAAAAAUAAAUUGUUAUACAACAGUAUUCGUAAUAUACAAGUCGGUGUAAGCAUACUUACUGUAUAUAUAAGCUUACGCUAUUCUGCGCAUGGUCAUUGUAAAUAUUGAUAACGCUCGAUAAAACAAAUAGAAUGAAUUAUUGCUGCUAUAGUAUAAUACUAUCAGCGAUAAUUCAUUUAUUGAACAAACACCUAUCAGUACCACAUGCUUUUACACGGUGCGUUCCUACAGGGAACAGUUUUACCUGUUCUCUGGUUCCUCACACAAAUCACAUACGCCAGCCUAAAAAAUAAAGAAAAUAGGCAUUAUCACAACGUUGAAUCCCGCAAUGAAUGAAAGUUGUCCAUACACUUGUAACAGGACGGGAUUGCCACCUAUCUUAUGGGCAGUGACUAAGUCUCAAUCUUUGGCCAGGGGCCUAAAGGGCUAAAAUGAAAAAUAAUUUAAAAACAUGAGUUAUUAAUUGUAAAGUUUUUUGUUUUUUUUAUGUGAUCAUAUAUUAGAUAGAAUUUACAAAAUUAGUCUAAAUUUGUAAAACGUUACUGCUCUAUUAUAGUCAAUAGG